AUGCUACAAGGAAACCUUACCUCAACCUCUGAGUUCUAUCUCGUUGGUUUCUCCGAUAUGCCUCAAUGGAAUGGAUUUUUUUUGGCCGUCUUUGUUUUCUCUUACAUCUUAACUCUUUUUGGGAACUUUGUCAUCAUUCUCAUAAUCAUCCUGGACUCCAGUCUCCACAGUCCAAUGUAUCUAUUUUUGUGUAAUUUGUCAAUCCUAGAUAUCUUCUGCACCUCCGUCACUGCCCCUCAAGUUAUGGAUCUUUACUCUUCUAUGAAUUACAUGAUUUCCUUCUCAAACUGUAUAUCCCAAGUGUAUUUUUUCCUAGUUUUCACUAAUGCAGAAUUCUUUCUUCUCCCAGUCAUGGCAUAUGAUCGAUACGUCGCAAUAUGUUGCCCAUUACGCUAUAACGUUCUUAUGAAUAAUAAUGUAUGUAUAAUACUUGCAUUGGCUCCCUGGGCUUUCGGUAUUUUGGAUACCUUGUCCUACACCAUCCUGACAUCGCGUUUGUCGUACCUUGGUUCUCAUGUGAUCAACCACUUCUUCUGUGAUCUUACAGCUCUCAUGAAGUUGUCCUGUAGCGAUACUUCCACAAUAGAACUCAUUACCUUUGUCGACGGCGUUCUUUUUGGUUUUGUGCCAUUCUUCCUCACGUUGAUCUCCUACGCCUAUAUCAUAUUCAGCAUUGUGAAGAUCCGCUCAGUGCAUGGAAGGCGUAAAGCUUUCUCUACAUGCUCUUCACACUUAACCCUGGUUGUGUUGUUUUACGGGACAAUUAUAUCUAUGUACAUGAGACCAUCCUCUAUGUACUCACCUGCACAAGAUAAGUUGUUUGCCGUGUUCUACACAACUGUAAUACCAGUGGUUAACCCUUUAAUAUACAGCCUGAGGAACCAAGAUGUUAAAAAUGCUUUUAAGAGGGUCAUUCUAGGUGCGUCAUGA